AGCAUGAUAUUUUUGCGGGAGAAAAGGAUUUUGUAAACGUGAAGUAUCUUCUUAAGACUUGUUGUCCUGUCGGGUGACUGUUGAUUCCGUUAUAUCUUCAUUCUUUUCUGACCAGGAAAUCUAACAUGGACAAAAUCACAAGUGCUCGACGUGCUGACUGGUUCUAAAACAUGACCCCAUAAACAACAAGGCAAACAACAAACAGGAAAUUUGAUGGAAGAAAACAAGUCCCUGCAUUUGAAUGCGGUUUGCGAAAAUUUGAUAAAGGUUUACAGAAUAUAGAGGUGAUUUGAUAACAGAUAAAUAUGAAUUACUAUCUUCAGUUACAUGCACUGACAAUACAUGUGAGACGUCUGCACCACUUGCAGAGGCAGCUGGUCUCUUUGUCACAUAAACCUGGCUUGUUCCCAUAUUCAGUAAGAAACUAUUCUGUAUUUUCAAGAAAUAAUCCCUGUAUGUGCUGUCACAUGCGGAAGAGACUUAAAACACAUAAAACAAGAUCAUGGCUAUAUGAGGCAAGUUUAAGGUAUGCUCAUGAUGAUACCAGAGAAAAAAGUGAGACAGGUUUGGAUAUUAAGGAACUGGAUGAUUCUGAAGAUGCCACAGAAGCUGACACGUUACGUGAUGUAUAUUCAGUUGUGAGUAAAAGAAAAACUCGUACUGUAAUGAGGAAAACUGAUUCAAAUGUAAGUGGAAGAAGAGAUUCAUUUGAAAAUGUAUCUGGAGCAGAUUUAUAUGAAACAGAAAUAGAAGAAGCAGACAAAGACAUUGAACACGAUCCUGAUGAAAGACAGAGACCAGAUAAUGGAAAUGGUAAAAGCGAAACAGACAUCAAAAAGUUCAUGACAGAUAUGGAACUUGGCCAUGUGACUGGGUAUACAAAUUAUUUCACAGUCUGUCCGAAAUUAGGAAAGAUGGCCAUGAAGAAGAAGAGAAAGGAAGACCGGUUGUACAUAAAUUCUACAUCAGGAUAUUUUUACUGUCGACAUUGUGGUAAGAGUGGUACCUGGUCACAGCUCCAAGAUAACAUUGCGUACAUCAAAUCAAAGAAAGCUAACAGGCAUGUAGAAUGUUUCAAGGAUAUUACCGAUGUUGAGCGAGAAACUGAUGUGGUUCAUCCAGGGGUAUUGAAGCAAUUAGAUGGGGCACAUGAUUUUACCACAUUGACGGAUGAAAUGUUUGAUACAAUACAGUCAAUAUUUGAGUGGCAUGGCAUAGAGAAGAAAACAUUUAUAGACUAUGGGGUAAAGUACAAGACAGAAGACAAUGAAUUUUGGAUCAUAUUUCCUGCAAAUUCACCUGUAUCAGGGGUCGUUUCCUCAGUUAGUGUGCAUUCUGGGAAAAUUACAGAAGAUGGAGACAUAAAGAUCAAACCAGUUCAGAGAUAUCCAAGAGGGGAAAAAUUGGCCCAUCUAUUUGGCUGGCAGAAUCAAGCAAAUAUGAAAGUGGCUACUCAAAACUCGCUGGUGAUCACAACUUCUGAAGCAGACGCAAUGACAGUCUCACAGGCCACAGGAAUCUUAUCUCUGUCACUGAAAAAUAUCUCUCAACUACCUCAGGAGAGUUUGCCAUUCUUUGAAGAUUUCUCCAAGAUCAUCUUGUGGUUGGGUACGGACGUGAAAGCCUGGGAUAAUACAAAAAUAUUCGCCAAAAAGCUUGGGGACAAAAGAUGUUAUGUGUUUAGACCAACAGUAUUGAAGUCUAUGCCACUUGAAGUGAUACAGAAAGGUGACAAAAUAGGCAGUAUUCUUAGCAUGUCAAAGUUGAUCAGUCAUAAAGCCAUCGUUACAUUCGCAAACGUCCGGCAAGAGGUUUAUUCUGAGUUUGCCGACUUUCAACAGGUGGCAGGUGUGAAGUGGAAAAGAUAUACAAAGUUGAAUACAUUGUUGAAGGGACAUCGGCGAGGAGAAUUAACCAUUUUGACAGGUCCGACAGGAUCAGGAAAAACUACUUUUAUGUCGGAGUACUCACUGGAUCUUUGCAUGCAAGGGGUGAAUACACUUUGGGGAAGUUUUGAGAUCAGCAAUGUAAGGUUGAUUAAAGUGAUGAUGCAACAGUUUUGUGGAAAAAGCAUACCCAAACAUCUAGAUGAGUUUGAUGAAAUAGCUGAUGAGUUUUCUAGCCUGCCGAUGUAUUUCAUGAUGUACUAUGGUCAGGAGCAAGUGAAAAAUGUUCUUGAAGCAAUGUCACAUGCAGUUUAUAUACAUGAUAUUGGUCAUGUUAUUGUCGACAAUCUACAGUUUAUGAUGGGGAUGGAUUACACUGAGAGAAAUCGAUUCUUUAAGCAGGACCAGAUAGUGUCAUCAUUCCGAAAAUUUGCAACAGAGAAAAAUUGUCAUGUAACCUUAAUUAUUCAUCCGCGAAAGGUGAAUGAAAGUGAGGAACUAUCAACUGCUUCAGUGUUCGGAAGUGCUAAGGUGACGCAAGAAGCUGACAAUAUAUUACUCAUACAGGACCAGAGGUUAACCAAAUCCUCCGGUAGGAAAUAUGUUCAGGUUGCUAAAAAUAGGUUUGAUGGAGACCUGGGUAUAAUGACAUUGAGUUUCAACAAGGAGAGUCUGACAUUUAAUGCCGAAAAGAAAAAAGCAAAGAAAUCCGAGGAAGCCGACAUUGAGGAAGCCACUUGAAAAUGCGAUCCUGACCACAGUGGGAUUCAAACUCAACCUUGGUGAUAAACAGCUGGCUCUGAUAUCGCACUGGACAACGACUAUGUUGGACUAUGCAGCACUAGAAUUGGUUUCUCAGAAAAGUUUAAAAAAUUGAUCAACUAAACCGAAGGGCUUUUGACAGUUCAGAAAGCAUAGGUGUACAAACUGGAAACAUGGGCAACUUUGUCAUAUGAAAGCAAAAAUCUCUUAUUGUGCAUAAGUAAAGUUAAUUCCGGCCGCUUGAAAAUUGGCUGGAGGAUAUAAAUUAAUCUCGGGUACUUUUUUCUAGUCUCUAUAUUAUAAGGUGUCAGUGACCUUAUUCAGGUAUGACCAGAUGAUAUAACUUAUAACAGGUGGAAAGAGUUGCUGUGUUUCACACAGUGCCUGUUCAGUCAGUUAUAAAUGAUAACCUAUAUACCUAUAUUCUAAAUAAAGAAGCUGUGAAGUAUUACUGUAAUGGACAUUUUAUACAGAAAUCCCGUUCAGUUCUAGCAAAGUUAUUUAUAAUAAAAAAUAACCAUGACCAGUGUGAUUUAAUCUCUGUUAACAUCUUAAGGAUAAUGACUUUUGAGCUAAGUUUGAGGAAUAUAUUGAAAACUAAACUAAACUUGGCUUAAUUAGUGGUCACCUCUAUCAGGCAGCCACUAAGUCUUGUCUACGUCAGCAUACUUUACAAAGUGACAUUUAAAUUUGUUUUGAUUUUAACCUGUCUUAAGCUUCCACCUGCCUACAGCUGCCAGGUUAUGUUGGUGCCUAAGCUGGCUGCUUAACAUCGGUUUGACUGUACCCCUUGUUGAGGUCUGAACAAAGAAGUUUUAUUGGUCAGAAACUGUUCUCAGUCUUACUGUCACUGUUACCUUGCCUUUGAUACAAGGUCAUUCACUGACCACAGGUCAUCAUCAUAGUUUCAGGAGUUCUCCAGUAAUACAACUCCCCGCCCCCACCCCCUCAACC